AUGCAUCUCUACUUCGUCCUCACCGCCACUCUGACCUUGGCUGUUUCUACUGCCUUUGCCGGUAGUGCGACUCAGCAGUCCCUGGCCGACGUCGACUGCCUGAACCUUUGCAAAGACACCAAGGACUCCUACUCGUGCCCUCCUGACACUGAGAAAUCCCAGCUCGAUAACGUAAGCUUUGACUUCAAAGGCCUGCUCCGUGAGAAUAAUGAUUAA